AUGAUGUACGGAUCGGAGACUUGGGCAGCACCAUCAACGCCUAGGAUAUGUCACAAUGAAGAUCUUUACGCAGAAAUUGAUGUGGUAUACCGGCGAAUGACAUGUGGAAAACACCAACCUCCUGCACCGCCAUCGAAAGUGGCUAAAGUAAAUCGUCUUCGCUUCUUUGGUCAUAUAUUAAGAAGACCGGCAGAUCGCCUUGUUCAACGAGUUCUGAGGAGUUCGUCGGGUUCGAGCUGGAAGAAGCCACCUGGCCGAAAAAACUUCUGGACUGAGGCGGUGAAAGAGGACCUGAGGACACUCGGCGUGGAUAGGCAGUUCAGGCGAGACGUAAGGUUUCGCAGAAUAUGGAUCAGCGACGAAUGGAUUGAUUCUGUGCAAGCUCUCGCAGAAGAUCGAGAAGGUUGGGCAGAGCUGUGUUCAAGGACGGCACACCUCGGCGGAGAUGCGGGUAAUCGCGGAGUUCAGGACGUAUUCUCAUCUCCGUGGGAAAUGAUUACAGUAGUACUCGGCAGUGACCACUCCAAUAAAAUCGGCAUGCACGAUGCCGUAGACGACUUUUACGAACUGUUCGACGAAUUUGCUGAACAGCAAGGUAUUCAUUUCAACAAACGAAACUUUCGCGAAUUACAAAGAAACAUCAGCGGAUUGCCAGUGGCUAUGUACGGAUUACGCGGUGUCGACUGCGAGCAGUUACGACAGUUCCUCAGCGGCAUCAGGGCCCAGAAGUACCAUCUUCAGUAUGCGUCUGUGAAGUGCGGUCCAAUGACAUUCUCGUUCUGCAUGGGCUUCUCAUGCAAUCCUGAUGAUUUCGGCGUGAACGGUUACAACAGGACUACCCAUACUGCAUAUAAAAAAUGA